AUGGAUGGCCCAAAGAUUGCUGAAUAUGUGCAGAGAUUUCACGACUUGUCCCGCGUCGUUCCUUAUAUGGUUAAGCCGGAGUUCAAGCGCGUCGAGCGUUUCAUUUGGGGAUUGGCACCCCAAAUCAUGAGUAUGGUGACAACGUCGAAGCCUGCUACAAUCACCGAGGCUAUUGAUCUGAGUGUAGCACUAAUCGAAGAGGCGAUCAGGAAGUUCUCAAACUUCAAGAAAGGCACCAGCAGUGCAAACAAGAAGAAAGAGACAAACCCACCAGCUGAGGUCAAAAGUGGUGCUGAAAAUAAAGGAAAAGGGUAUAUGGGCACUUUGCCCAAAUGUGAUGUGUGCCAGUACCAUCAUGUCGGCCAAUGCAGAGUUAGGAAGUGUGAGUCUUGUGGGAAGGUUGGCCAUUCGAAGGAGACACGCUGGGCUGGUACUGGUCGUGGUGGUCAAAGAGGUUAUGGCAAUGGAAACAAUAGCCGUGGUGGUAAUGGGUAUGGAAACCGCCCUCAAGGAGGAAAUGGCGGUAAUGAUAGUCGUGGUAAUUUUGGGAAUCAAGCUGGUAGUGGAAACCGUGGAGCGAACAACAAUCCAGGUGGUAACGGAAAUGGUAAUGGUCGGGGACCAGGUUAUUUUAACUGUGGAGAUGUGGGGCACUUCAAGAGAGAAUGCCCAAAGAUCAACCAAGCUCAAGGAAGGGUUUUCAACAUCGGAGAUAGGGAAGCUCGCCAAGAUCCGAACGUAGUCACUGCUGUGUAUCCCUAG